UUUAGAGGCAGAAACAAAUUCAGUUCUUCAAGGCAUCAACUGAAACAGGACUCACCCUCCAAAAAGGUGAACCUCAGAGGAAUUGAGAGUCGACCUCCAGUUAAGCAGUCACUGAAGAACAAUCGGAAGUCAUGAAACUACAGAAGAAAUUUUGCCUGGCCACCUUGCUUGUGUUUGCUUGUAUUAUCCUGUACAGACAACCUCAGCUCAUCAUCAAUUUUGAACAAAUGAUGGGUAAACUUGAUAUUGAUUAUCCCAGCCCAGAUACAACCCCUGGGAUCAUGUUUGUAGAUUCCACCAAUGAAAUGGCUCCCUCAGCAUUGACCAUUUGCUCCAUUGAGUCAGCUGCUCAUGCGAAUCCUGAGAAACCCAUUUAUUAUUUCCUGGUGGGAUUCAAUGGGAAUUUAUCUGACUAUCCAGAUCAGACCACAACCUUCCAAAUUCUUUUAGCAAUGAGAAACGUCGUCCUCUUACCCUUGAACCUCAAAACACUCUUCGCAAACACACCUUUCGAUGGCUGGUAUCAACAGGUAAUUCCUGAUUUGGAACAAUAUUGGGUUCACGUGCUGUCAGAUGCCUGCAGACUGGCUCUGCUGUGGAAAUAUGGUGGUAUCUACCUGGACACAGACAUCAUAUCCUUAAAGCCACUGCCUUUCACAAAUUUCAUCUGUGCCCAACAGGAAAACCUAGCAAAUGGUGCAGCCCUGGGAUUUAGCCAACACCACAACUUCACGCAGAACUGCAUGAUUGAUUACGUCAAUAAUUAUCAGGGUGAAAUCUGGGGUCACCAAGGCCCUCUGCUCAUGAGCCGUGUAUUGAGAAGGUGGUGUAAGACUGAUGACCUGGAUGAGUUUGUUGGUGCAAAGUGCAAUGGCAUUUCUUACCUGCCUUCCACGUUCUUCUAUCCGAUUCCAUAUGGCGAGUGGGAAAAAUACUUUGAAUAUUGGACACUCGAGGAUAUCAGAGCCACUUUCGCAGAAACAUACGGGAAGGAAACACCAAGGGUGGCAAAGGACAGAAUGUGAGAACUUCAACGUCCAUCACCAAGAGUGGCUCAGAAAUGGCGCUACUGGCCAGACUGGUUCAAACCUAAAGAUUGGAGCUGCUAGACUGCAUCUGUGACAAGCAAUGAGGGAACCAACAAAAGUAAUAACUUUACUUGACUUCAUCCUCACCAAUCUACUUGUAGAUACAUCCGUCCAUGACAGUAUUGAUAAGAGUGACCACCACUUCACUUCAAGAAUAUCCUCCUUUAAAAUUGGUGGCACCAUCACUGCUAAAUGGGAUAGACCUUAAACAGAUAAUUCAAUACUGGGCAUCCAUGAAAUGCUGUGGGCUAACAGCAGUAGCAGAAUCAUACUCCAACACAAUUUGAAAUCUCAUGGCCCAGCUUAUCUCACAUUCUGCCAUUCCCAUCAAGCCUGGUUUAAUGGUGAGUACAGGACAGCAUGCCAGGAACAGCACCUCACAUAGCAAAAAACGAGAUUCCAACCUGGUGAAGCUACCAAACAGGAUUUUUUGUACACAGGACAGAAAUCAUAGGAUUGUUUGUAGCACAGAAGCCUGGGUGCUGAACUGAGUGUAAAGACCUGCCCCCAACCUGGGCACAGCGGAAUGCUCUUCGGAGGGUCAGUUCAGACUUGAUGGGCCAAUUAGCUUCUCUCUGCACUGUAGGAAUUCUAGGAAAAUGUACAAAUAUAUAAAAAAUCCCAAUGAGCUUAUCAAAACCCAAUUUUUCUGACAGAUUGCCUCUCAGGACAAAAUUAAAUCAUG